AUGGAGAUCAAGACUGUGCAGCUUACUCCCUUCACCGACCAGAAGGCCGGAACUUCUGGUCUGCGAAAGAAGGUCACCGUUUUCCAAAAGGAAAACUACAGCGAGUCGUUCGUCACUAGCAUUCUCCUCUCCAUCCCCGAGGGUGCUGAAGGUGCUUUUCUUGUGAUUGGUGGUGAUGGCAGAUUCUGGAACCCUGAGGUCAUCCAAUUGAUUGCCAAGAUCGGUGCCGCCUACGGAGUCAAGAAGCUCCUCAUCGGACAGAAUGGCAUCCUCUCCACGCCUGCUGCCAGCCACGUUAUCCGCAAAUACAACGCUACCGGCGGUAUCCUCCUAACGGCCAGCCAUAACCCUGGCGGUCCCACGAACGAUUUUGGUAUCAAGUACAACCUUGCAAACGGCGGCCCUGCCCCGGAGUCCGUCACCAACAAGAUCUAUGAGGUUUCUAAAAGCUUGACUAGCUAUAAGAUUGCUUCUCUUCCUGAAGUGGAUACCUCCACCAUUGGGACUAAGACCUAUGGCACCCUCGAAGUGGAAAUCGUUGAUAGCACCGCCGAUUAUGUGGCUAUGUUGAAAGAUAUCUUCGAUUUCGACUUGAUCAGGAAGUUCUUCAAAGAUCACCCCGACUACAAGGUCUUAUUCGAUGCUCUCCACGGCGUCACUGGACCUUACGGAAAGGCAAUCUUCGAGACUGAGCUCGGCCUCAAGAACUCAACACAAAACUGUGUUCCCAGUCCCGAUUUCAAUGGCGGCCAUCCCGAUCCCAAUCUGACCUACGCCAGGAGUCUUGUUGACGUCGUUGAUAAGGAGAAUAUUCCUUUCGGCGCGGCCUCGGAUGGCGAUGGUGACCGAAACAUGAUCUACGGCGCCGGCUCCUUUGUUUCGCCCGGCGACUCCCUGGCAAUCAUUUCCCACUACGCGCAUCUGAUUCCCUAUUUCCGCAAGAACAAGGUCCAGGGGCUUGCCCGGUCCAUGCCUACCAGCGGCGCUGUCGAUCUGGUUGCUAAGAACCAGGGUCUCAACUGUUAUGAAGUUCCCACUGGGUGGAAGUUCUUCUGUGCCCUCUUCGAUGCUAAUAAGCUCUCUAUUUGCGGCGAGGAAAGUUUUGGCACUGGCAGCAACCACAUCCGCGAGAAGGACGGUCUGUGGGCUAUCGUAGCCUGGCUCAACAUCAUUGCCGGCCUCGGCGAGGAGAGGGGCACCGCCCCGGCCAUUAAGGAGAUUCAAAAGGACUUCUGGAGCGUGUAUGGCCGCACGUUCUUCACUCGCUACGACUACGAGAACGUCGAUAGCGACGGCGCUAAUAAGGUCCUCGGUGUCCUGAAGGAUCUCGUGGCUGACCCUAACUUUGUUGGAAGCGAGGUUGAAGGUCGGACCGUCACCGAGGCUGGCAACUUUUCUUACACGGACCUUGACGGUUCGGUUGCAUCCAACCAAGGACUCUACGCCCGCUUCUCCUCUGGUACCCGCAUCGUUGUCCGGCUGUCCGGCACGGGGUCUUCCGGCGCCACUAUUCGACUCUACAUCGAGCAGCAUAGCAGUGACCCAUCGACUUAUGAGCAAGAUGCCCAGGACUUCCUAGCUCCCGAGAUCAAGGUGGCUACUAGACUUCUCAAGUUCAAGGAAUAUGUCGGCACUGACGAGCCUACCGUGAAGACAUAA